UGUAACACCGGAUACAGGAACCAGUGUAAACAAACUUCUGGGUAUUCUGACGCGAUCUGUGAAAUUUUUUAUCAAUUGUCAUGCCAGUUUGAGAACGUUAUUCAAUCGGAUUAGAUAGGCAAAAAUCAACUGGAAUAAACCAUUGAUAUUUCCUGGAAGUAUAUAUAGAAGAAGUUUGCCAGUCAUAGAAGUGCCAGCCUGAAGUGAUCCCAAGCAAGGAACUACCCUUGGUAACCAUGGGGUUUUUCAACCAGCUUUUGCUGUUGCUAUGGAAGAACUUCACUCUCCGAAAAAGGCAAAAGUUACGACUUGCUGCCGAGAUAAUAUUUCCCCUGGCACUGUUCCUAAUUCUUGUGAUAGUGAGGACAACCAAGCCGGACCUUAAAGUGAAGCAUGCAGAAUGCCACUUUGAUGGGAAGGCUAUGCCUUCUGCCGGCAUACUUCCAUUCCUGCAAUCAUUGGUCUGUACAUUCGACAACGAGUGUCAAAAUUCAUCCACCCCCAAUGAGCGUCCAAACAUCGCGAACCCUUUCCAGAACACAGAUCUGACAGAGGCACUGAAUGCCCUGGAGGCCAUCUUGGAGAACAACGUGGACACACUGCUCAUUGACGACCUCGUGAAAGAGUUCACGCUAUACGGGGAACUUGUGCGAAUUGUGCAGAGUGGACAGGCUAACGGUUCGCUGACUGUUGGGAAAUACCUGAUUGACGUUCAGAAUCUAACACAGUCUCUUGAGAGUCAGGGUCUAUCAACCAACACAACCAACUGGUUGAUAGCUGCUGUCAGCAACCGCACGAUUUUAGACCAGGGGUUGAACACAAUAGACAUCCUUCUUAUUGUGGACUCGUUUCUCGAAAACGUACCGGGUUCCAUUGCAUCGGGCAACACUCUUGAUCAAACUCUGAAUGCCACCAUUGACAACGUGCGGACGAACAUUUGCGAUGAGGAUCGACUGGAUGAAAUCCUUCACUUCCCCAACAAGACUGUGUCAGACUGGGUCCACGAUGAGUUGUGUAAUCUGACCGUGACGCAGUUCCAAAACGUCUUUGAAACAUUUCUAGAAGAUUUCAAUACUACUGGAUUUCUUGAAUCUUUGAGUGACUUUGUUCAACAGAACACAGGUCGGGAUAUACGGCAGGAGCUUAUUGGGGAGGUCCUUGAACUGUAUCUUGCGUUGAGGGGAAACACUUCUUGGCAGCAACCAUUCUAUGCCUUGUACAAUGUGGCCAUGGAUAUUCGCAACCAGACGGCCAAUAUGGCCCUGAACACCACGAUGAGCUCUGCCUACGAACUUCUCGGGACAUUUGUGUGUGGGAGAAACGGGUCACUAUUUAGCGUGAAUGCAAACGAGGCAAACAAGAUGGAUGCAAACAACAAAAUCCCUGUUAAUCAAGACCUUACUAAAACCACCACAGCACCAACAACAGCGACAACAUCACCAGCCUCCUUGCCAGCAAACAAAAACGGCAGCGAUCUGGAGUAUCUGAAGGACAGGGCCUGUGUACGGGAAACAUCUCCAAGAUGCAAAGCGCUGUUCAGCUCACUGGAGAACAGUGGUACUCAGACUCGGUUUCUAUGGCGACAGAUCAAGCCAUUUAUUCGGGGCUGCAUUCUCUACUACCCGCAGAACCCUGUUACAGACGACAUCAUCAAUAAUACACAGCAGUUUUUCCGUGACCUUGAAAGUCUUCGAGACCUGGCGGACGCAUGGGGGAACUACAGUCCCAGCGUUUACAAGUUCCUCAACAGCAGUGAUUUCAUGACUGGACUCAGGAGCCUCGUAGAUUCUGGUAACACCUGCGAGACAAUCGUCAGCCUAGCUGAGCGUGUGAUGCAGACAACAGGCUACUCUAAUUCCACUGGUGGCAACGCGCAGGCUACAUGUGAAUUAUUGAAAAAUUUCAUCAACAAUGGCCCCAAUAUGACCAGUUACGACUGGAGGGUGUUACUGGGCUACGUGGACCAGAUAUUUGGCUUUGUUAGCGAGUACAUGGAUUGCUUCAACUUUGACAAGUUCAUUCCUUACAAAGACAAUACCCAAAUGAUGGAAGAUGGAAUCAAAAUGAUCGAGAACGAUUUGUUUUGGGCCGCUAUUGAGUUCGUUGGAAUGGAUCUGACCACCAGUGUGAUGCCAAAGAAAAUUGAGUACAAGAUUCGAAUGGAUGUUGAUAAAGUGGACUCAACCAAAAGAGUCCGGGAUAAGUACCCCCGCCCCGGCACCCGACGCCGCCCGUGGCCCGAUCUAAAAUACUUCCUCAAUGGCUUUGUAUACAUCCAAGACAUGAUCGAUCAUUCGGUGAUCAAAUUGCAAACGGGGCUUAAGCAAGAUGUAGGGAUCGUCACUCAGCAAUUUCCUUAUCCUUGUUAUACGGAAGAUAAGUUUAUCUACGCGAUAUCCCGUAUGCUGCCGCUGUUCAUGAUCCUGGCAUGGAUCCUGACGACGGCCAUGUUGUGCAAGAGUAUCGUGUACGAGAAGGAUCGCCGUCUGAAAGAGAUCAUGAAGAUCAUGGGCCUCGGGAACGGGGUCCACUGGAUGGCAUGGUUCAUCAACGCCUUUGUCAUGAUGUUCCUCACCAAUCUCCUCCUGGUUAUACUACUCAAGGUUGGAAAAGUUCUAGAGCAUUCCGACCCCUCGGCCGUGCUAUUUUUCCUGACAUUGUUCACCACGGUGACCAUAAUCUUCUGUUUCCUGAUCAGCGUGUUUUUCUCACGCCCGAACCUUGCCGCCUGCUGCGCAGGCUUUAUAUACUUCCUGGGUUAUCUCCCCUACAUGCUGAUGUUACAGUUCGACGAUGUGCUACCUAGGAGGGUUAAAAUGUCUGUGGGUCUAUUGUCGAAUGUUGCUUUCGGUUAUGGAUGCAACUUCAUUGCGCUGUGGGAGGAGCAAGCCAUUGGACUGCAGUGGAGUAACAUGGGCAUAAGUCCUGUGAAUGAUGACGACUUCAACAUGCUCCACUGCAUCACCAUGAUGAUCAUUGACAUGUUCCUCUAUGGGCUCGCCACCUGGUACAUCGAGGCCGUCUUUCCAGGUCAAUAUGGAAUCCCCAAGCCCUUCUACUUCCCGUUCACGAAGUCCUACUGGUGUGGCUCGAGCGGUUCAAACCACGACAGGUCUGACAACCAGCUGGGCAUGACCAAUCUCAACCCAAGAGACACAGACACAAUGGAGGCUGAGCCAAAGGACAAAAAGAUCGGAGUGGCAAUAAGAAACCUGAAGAAGAAGUAUGCAUCGUCAAAGAAACCAGCAGUGGAUGGGCUGAACCUUAACUUCUACCAAGACCAGAUCACGUCAUUCCUGGGGCACAAUGGGGCCGGAAAAACCACCACCAUGUCUAUUUUGACGGGCUUAUUCCCACCAACUGACGGCACGGCCUACAUCCACGGCAAGGACAUUCGCUAUGACAUGGACCACAUCAGACACAAUCUCGGCACAUGUCCCCAGCACAACGUCCUCUUUGACUGGCUGACAGUGGAGGAACACCUGUGGUUUUAUGCGCGUCUCAAGGGGGCGUCUGCAAACGAGGUCAAACAUGAACUGGAACAGAUGAUCAAGGACGUGGGCCUGCCACACAAACGUCAGGAGCUCUCCAGUAACCUCUCCGGUGGUAUGAAAAGGAAGUUAUCAGUAGCCAUAGCAUUUGUGGGCAACUCUAAAACGGUGAUUCUGGAUGAACCCACUGCUGGUGUCGACCCGUAUGCAAGGAGGGCAAUAUGGCAGCUGCUUCUCAAGCUGAAGAAAGGUCGCACCAUAAUCCUGUCCACCCACCAUAUGGAUGAAGCAGACGUGCUCGGUGACAGGAUAGCGAUCAUCUCGCAGGGUCAGCUCUGCUGCGUUGGGUCCAGCCUCUUUCUGAAGAAUCGCUAUGGAAAUGGCUACUACCUGACCUUGGUGCGAAGUGACCGAGACAUCGACGAGGACGCCAUCUUGAAAGAGCAGCUGAUGACAAACAUCGAGCCGCGACCAACAUCGGCCAUGUCAGCAACCAGUGUGCGGUCCAUUACAAAGGUUUUGUUGGAGGAAAAUAACCGUCAACCCUCAAUGCCCAGUGAGGUGGAUGAGGGGUUUACAGAGGGGAAAUCAGACAGCGAUCCUCCAACACCACCUAACACAGAUGCAGCAUAUCCAGGCUUCUCUGUGAAGAAAGUGACAUCCUUCGUCAAGAAGUACGUUCCAGAAGCAAAGCUAGUUGAAGACAAUAUGACGGAGCUGAGUUACCAGCUGCCAGAUGAGGCAGCGAGACGGGGAGACUUUGAGCGGCUAUUUUCAGAACUUGAGAGGUCACAUGAUGACUUGGGCGUAUCAAGCUUCGGAAUUUCAGAUACCAGUCUGGAGGAGGUGUUCCUGAAGGUUGCGGAGGAGAAUUACGAUGAUUCUGAUGAACUCAAGCGUAACAAGCUGGAGGAAAUGGCCGACGGGGGCAGACUAGCUAGGAAUGUGACGCGUCUCAGUUUCAAGCGCAAGAAGAAGCUGUCUCUGCUGGGUCGUAUGCAGGGAACCAACCGCGUGGACAGCACUACUGAUCUUAUGGCAGACCAGGACAAUGAGUCAGUUAUUUCCGGACCUGUAAGUGAUUACGGAGAGAACGGGUUCAGUCACUGUGAGCAUGAAAAAGUGACCGGUUGGCGUCUUACGCUGCGUCAGUUCAUAGCCAUCUUUGUCAAGCGCUUUCAUCACGUCCGACGCAGCAAGAAAGGAUUCCUGGUGGAGAUUGUGUUGCCGGUUCUGUUUAUUCUGAUGGCCAUGACAUUCUCCCUGAUUACCCCGCCCUUCUCUGAGGAGCCCGCCCUUGAGCUUCAUCCCUGGCACUACAAACCAGCGCGGGGCGAUGAUCAUCUCUACAUGUUCUACAGCAAUGACGCCCCAGGCAGCACUGUUCCCGUUGCAACUAGAAUGGAGGAUACUAUACAGACACUUGCGGGGGUGGGCAAUCGAUGCCUGAAGGACCACACCCUGCAGGCAAUCACUAAGCCUGGACAAAUAGGCAAAGACAAAUACGAGUGUGAGCCCCCAGGGGAUAAAGCCUUUUCCCCGUAUGUGGCGUUCAACAAGACGAUAGACUGCGACUGUAGCUCCGGUUGGCAGGUGUGUCCCAACAAUGCUGCCGGACCAACACCGUCCAGUCGUCUGCUGCCCUCAACCGAUUACCUGCUCAACAUGACUGGCCGGGACGUAGCUGAUUGGAUUGUGAAGACAAAUAAAGAAUACGAUAGACGAAGUUAUGGAGGCCUGUCAUUUGGAGAGCGUGACUUCUCAGCCUUCUCUGGCAACAUAACGGACGUUCAGCAACGGAUCGAGAGGAUAUUGUCUGCUGCAAACAAUGGUUCCAAGGUCAACAUCGCUGACAACAUGUUCUUCUAUGACCUUACUGAGAUAUUGCCUGCACUUGCAACUAGAGAUGUUGCUAAGGUGUGGUUCAACAAUCGUGGAUGGAUAGCUUCUGUGUCCUACAUGAAUGUUAUGAAUAACCUGAUCCUGCGUAGCAACCUUCCCAAGGGCACUGACACCACAGAGUACGGAAUCGUAGCCAUCAAUCAUCCCAUGAAGAUGACAAAGGAGCAGCUUAACGACGAGGCUUUGUACAGCAGUUUUAAAGACGUGGUAAUAUCGAUCUGUGUGAUAUUUGCGAUGUCCUUCAUUCCCGCCAGUUUCACGAUGUACCUGAUCGAGGAACGCGUGUCCAACUCCAAGCAUCUGCAGUUUGUCAGUGGCGUAAACCCCGUCAUGUACUGGGUGACCAACUUCUUCUGGGAUAUGAUCAACUACUUGAUACCGUGUAUACUGUGUAUAUUCAUCUUUCUGGCGUUCAACAGACAGGCCUAUGUAUCUCCUGUCAAUGGACCUGCCUUGGUAUGCCUGCUCUUCCUCUACGGAUGGGCCAUGAUUCCCCUGAUGUACCCCUUCUCAAGGGUGUUCAGUGUUCCCAGUACGGCGCUUGUGACCUUGAAGUCAGUGAACAUUUUCCUGGGCACGGUCUCCACCAUGGCAACCUUCAUCAUCGAGUUCCUUGAGCAAGAUGAUGAGAGCCUAAAGGACAUAAACCUGGUGCUGAAGCAAGUGUUCCUGCUACUGCCUCAAUACUGUCUGGGUCGUGGGCUCUUUGAUCUUGCCAAGAACCAGUUGUUUGCAGACGUGUACGCAGCGUUUGGUGAAAACCGUCUGCCGGACCCGUUCGCGUGGAAACAAGUGGGCCGUAACCUGUUCUCUAUGUUCAUGUUGGGGAUUUUGUUCUUCACCCUGAACCUGUUGAUUGAGUACAACUUCUUCAUAAAGUCCAGACUGCUCAAGCAGUCUAGAGAUGAUCAAGAGGAUGAAGAUGCAGACGUUGCUAAGGAACGCAGGAGAGUGCUCAGUGGAGGGGCAAAAGAUGAUGUCCUCCGAAUCGAAGAGCUCACAAAGGUUUUCAGUUCUCGUGGUCGCAAGGGCAAACUGACGGCUGUUGAUCGACUGUGUGUGGGGGUCCCCAAGGGGCAAUGCUUUGGACUGUUGGGGGUCAAUGGGGCGGGGAAAACGACCACAUUUAAAAUGCUGACUGGAGAUGAGAGGCUGUCCAAGGGGAAUGCUUACGUCAACAAUUACAGUAUACUGAACGACAUGGUACAGGUGCGACACAACAUUGGUUACUGUCCCCAGUUUGAUGCCCUUGACCCCCUGCUCACAGGGGUCGAGCAUUUGAGGUUCUACGCCCGUCUACGGGGAAUCCCUGAGACAGAGGUUAAACUGGUAGCUGAUUGGGCCAUACGUCGAUUGGGUCUUCUGCCUCAUGCAGACAAGAUAUCCACCAACUAUUCCGGCGGGAACAAGCGUAAACUCUCCACGGCAAUAUCCCUCAUUGGAAAUCCAUCUGUCAUCUUUUUGGAUGAGCCCACGACAGGCAUGGACCCUGGUGCGCGCAGAUUCCUGUGGGACUGCAUUACAAAUAUCGUCAAGGAUGGUCGCUCUGUCAUCCUCACAUCGCACAGCAUGGAGGAAUGCGAAGCCCUGUGUGGCAGACUGGCCAUCAUGGUCAACGGCAGAUUCAGAUGUCUGGGGAGUAUCCAGCACCUCAAGAACAAGUUUGGUGAUGGCUACACAGUGAUAAUCCGUGUCUCUGGGGAAUUCCCGAACAUGGACCCGGUGAUAGAAUUCUUCAACACGGAAUUCAAGGGGGCAGUCCUGAAGGAGAAACACCACAACAUGCUGCAGUACCAGCUGGGAUCUGACAUCAAACUGUCAAACUUGUUUGGGCAGAUAGAGGAGGUCCGGGAACGACUUCAGAUUGAGGAUUAUUCAGUGUCUCAGACAACAUUGGACCAGGUGUUUAUCAACUUUGCCAAGCUGCAGACAGACCUUGGAGAUGAUGAGUUGGAUGAGCUGCCGGCUGACAUCGCUGAUCUGGUGAAACCCACCACAACUACAGAGGCAGAGGGUCAGAGCUUAGCAGGCAGCACGGCGGGGCUCAUCCGAAACGAGCAUCGCCAUAGCAACCACAGUUACCGUGGCAACCAAUCUGCAGCUACGAGUGAUGGGGAUAGUCUGCACUUUACGGACUUCAAGAGGAAGCCAACGUCCAGCCUGCCCAUGAAGCCUGCAGACUAUCAGGGCCAUGAGGCUCCCAUCAUCAGCCUGCCGUACCAGGUGGGCAAUCAAGCCAACGCAUAUGAAGAAGAUUACCGUGACGACGAGGUGAGCAUCGCCUCCUCUCGGAGGAGCGGGAGACCGGUAACCCGCUUUGAUGACGACGGCAUUCCCAAUGCUGAGGUCUAAAAUGGGAUCUAGUGGUGUCCAUGUUGUCAUUAACUGUUUCUUUACAACUAUUUUAUAUAAGUUUUGAUACUGUUACUUUGAUAUUAUCCAGGUUGAUAAUGGUGGAAUUCCCAAUGCUGAGAUCUUAUGGGGGAUGAAGUGAUUUCUAUUGAAGCAUUAUUACUUAAGACAUUUAAGUUUUAGUGUGCUUAAAAGUAGUUUAAAUGAGAACAUGAAAAGGCUUAAAGAAUUACUUAUCCCUUUACCCUUUCCCACUCAGAAACACACUUUGAUGCAUUUUUAGUCCCUUAGAAAAUCAAAUUUAAUGUAAGGCCUUUCUUUCUUGAUUCUAGUUUAAAAGGCUUCAUUUUUAACCCUAAGAAACUGAUCAGCAGCAAACACCAUAAAACCUAAACAGACUUUGAGUUAGUUGCAGGCUGUUCUGGUUCUAUCCUGGUUACAUAGAGCCUUUUUCACAAUGCGUCUGAUUUGGAAAGGGUUAAAGGACAUGUUAGUACAUAUUAUUGUUACUGGAACUAAAUUCCUAAUUUAAUUGUUAUUUAAUUGAUAUUGUUAUGUUACAGAUUGUGAUAGUGAUUGGUUUUGUGAUGUUGUAGUUUGUCUUUUGUUUGUGAUUUGUAUUUAAUUAGAAAUUAAUUCACUUGAAGCUUUAACUUCAUUGACCUUUAAUACACCGGUAUAGUGCCAUUUUACUAACAAGGUUCACAUUGUAUACUUUCAGAGCAAUCACAACUACCGUAUAAAAAAAAAUAAAAGUGCUUUGUUUCUUUACAUACUGGUUUAAUAAAUACUAUAAAAAAGAAAAAUAACAGAAAUAACCAAACCAAAAUACACAAAAAUUUGAGUAAUUUGUAUAUGCAACUAAUAAUGGUUGUUUUUAUCAUACAUUUUGGUAAGUCCUUUUGUUUUACAUUAAACAUUUUGAUGAAAACCUUUUUUUUUAAAGUAAACAUCAAAAACCACUGGAUCAUUGUUGAUCUUAUGUAAUAUAAUCGAUUCUAUUAUCUUGCUGCAAUAUUAAUAACAACUAUUCAAUUUAGUUAAGCCGACUAGCUCACUCGGAAGAGGGCUGUACUCCAGACCCGAGGAUCGCAGGUUCGAACCUCGGGCUUCAGCCACAUAUUGUUUGUGUGAAUUGGUGAUUUAUUCUUUACCACAUAGAUAGGUAUUUUAAGGCAUUUGUAGUCCCUUAGAAAGUUGCAUUUAAUUAAACAUCUUUCUUACUCGAUUCAAGUUUUUAAGACUUCGUCUCCAACCCUUAGAUACUGAAUAGCAGCAAACAGCAUAAAACCUGAACAGACUGCAAGUUAAUUUAUUUUCUGUUAGAUUAAAGUGAUAUUUUGUUAUAAUGAUUAUAAGGUGAUCGAGCUUAUAUUUCCAUCAUAUUUUUGGAAAAAAAUAAUUAAAGUCAUUCCCUCUUCUUUUAAUAAUUUUCACACUUACACAUUAUGACAUUAUUUCCAGACCUUUAUAUUCCCAUAAAAUGAUAUUCCUUUAUUUAAUAUUGCAUAAAUAUUUGUUGUUGUUUUUCCUUUCAAAAAUCACAUGAAUCUCAUUUUUCAUGUUUUUGUUAAUGUUUAUGUGUAUGAUUUUUCACAGUAUGAACUGUUUCAUGUUACUGAUGAUGUUAUUGUUACUUGCACACAUAGUUAAUUUACUCAAUUAUUGUACUCAUAUUUUGUUUCAAUUUGCAACUGUAAUACCAUGGCUUUGUUGUAAAUAUGUUUUGCUAUGUAAUUUAUCUUCUGCUGUCAUUUUUGUUCUGACCUUUUUGAGUUUAUCGUCCAUAAUUUUAUUUACCAAAUUUAAGAACUAAAUAAUGCAUAAUCAAUUAAAUUAUUUUUAUGACAAACCAAAUAUUAUUUCAUUUAAUUUUGCACGGAUAUACAUGCUCAAGCCUUCAUUUGUUGUCAACAAAGGUCAAAGUUUAGUGGUGAUUUCUUGACAAUUGCUUGUGACUGGAUUUUUCACUUCGCACAUCUAAAAUGCACUGGUGUGUGGGUCAAAUUAUCUAAUUAAAAUGUUAUUUAAGGCUACAUGUUAUGAACCAUAUGUUCUUUGAAGUCAUGUGUAUUUUUAUUUUUUUUCAAAAGUCAAAUAUGGCCAUUCUUUGGUUUGGCUAGGACUGAGAACCCAUAGAGACUGAUUACAAAAGUGUGUAUUGUAAAUUAAUUUGACCAGUUAAAUUAUCAUAUGUGCCUGUUUAUGAACUCAGUGACUUUGCAACUAAACUGCACUAAAAAUGUUGUGGUAAAUAUGCAUACAGUAGUAAUAUGUAGUGAAUACGCCAUAAAAGUCCUGAUUAAAUACAUUAAUGCAUAUAAUAACUCCUUUAUGUAUGGUCACUUAAAUGAAACUCUUUAACUUAAAAGGGCAAUACAUGUUAAAGAUUAAUUUUUAAGAAAAUAAUUUUUGCUAUAAAGAUAUUGUGAACAGUUUCAAUGAAAAUAGCUCAGUGUAUGUUUGUCAUGCAUACAAAAAGAACAGACCAUGAAAUUGAAUGUGUGUUAAUUCUGUGUUUAAGUUAUUUUUUUACUAUAACUGUUGAUCUUUUACUUUCUGCACGAUUGAGAUGUUGAUUUACUAAAAGAGAUUUAUUUCUUGUGCAUUGAUAAUUGCACUGUGUGAAAUCCUCUCCAUGCAUAAUUUGUAAUUGUAAUUAUACGCAUAUAAUUAAGAGUGAUUUGUUCACCUUUUUAUGUGAACGUUUUGGCAUGUUUUGUGGAACAUAUCUGAAUACAUUUGCAAGAUAAAUAUGUGGACUGCAAAAAUACAAGUGCACAUUCUGGACAUUGCAAAAUUAAUUACCUAUGAAGGAUCUAUGGGGGAAAAAAAGGAAAAAAGACUUUGGUGGUAUAUGAAGUCAUGGGGCCAGUAUUAAUAAAGCUUUAUAAAUCUGUGCUUAGGUGGGAGCUAAUCAUGAAAUUGUAACAGUAACAGUUAAUUUUUAUAUGUACAAAAGGAAAGAAUACUAAUCAAGACUUGUUAAUGUAAAAAGACCUCAACAUUAAAUAGAAAGAUUUUUAAAAUGUUAUGAGUGAACGGACUUACCUUAAGUUUUUCAAUAUGCUCACGAAUAUGUAUUAUUGUGAUGCUAAACUUAUCAAAUUUAAACACUUUUACGGAGUGGAGGGUUAGUCCCCCAACCUUGAAACCUGCUUAUGAUAAUUAGAAGAAAUAGGUUAUAAUUAUUAUGACAUGAUUGGGACAUGCAGUUUUUCUAAUGUUUGCUCUUUUACAUAUCAUGCAAUCAUUUUGUUAUUAACUGUUUCAUAUUACCAAUUUGUAUACGUUUUGAUACUAUAGUUUCUUUAUCUUUUGUUGUGAAAUCAGAAUAAAAGUUAUUUGUA